AUGGGAUCUUCUUAAGUUGUUUACUCGAUUAUUUUGAACCACAAAAAAAAAAAAAGGGUGAUUGACUAAGUACUUUAUGUUUUAGAAUUGAUAAUAGAUCUCAGUCAACUUAAUUACAAAAUUAGUGGAACUUUAAAAGGAAAAUACAUUACAGGAAAGUCUAUUAAGAACUCCUUACAUAGAUAGAUUUUGUUAUUUGCUAAAACAUAUGGAUCGUUGAACACUGCCACACUGUGCUAAAUAUAGAAAAAAAAAGACAUUAGUCCUGAUACAAUACCCCUAGAAUAGUAAAAGUAUUGAAAGCAUCUUAAUUAACUAGACACAGGAUCCUUAAAGAAUGUAAACAUGUGACUCUCAAAUUGUAACUCAAUUAAACAUAUAAGUGUUGCUUGAUCAAUAUUAUGGUUAAUCUUAAUAAGGUUGAAGCCAUAGCAUUAGGUGAGCAUGGGCGACAAUAAUAAAGUGAUUAUAGGAGACCAAAUGAUGUCUUAUUUGACUUUUGUAAACUCAAAGACUGAAAGGUUUUCGAAUCUUAAUUUAAAACACAAAAAAUUUAAGAAGGUCCAAUGCUGGAUAACUACUGUAACCCACUCAAUAAGUAAUAAGGAUUAAGAAAACAAGGAGCUGUUAAUUAAUCAAACAUGAAGUUUGUAGAAUAUAAAUUUCUUAACUUUCAAACUUUAAUGUAAAUACUAGUUUAAAAUAAUAGCUGUUAAUAUUUGAAUAAAAAUUCAAUCGAAACAUCUUUACACACAGAAAAAGAGAAGUUUCGAUCAAAAUAUAUGUUCUAAAGAUUGUAUCAAAGCCAAUUCUAAUUUUUCAAAGAAAACUUGGAUAAUUAUGAGCAAAUUUUUUUUUGGAAUAAAAGGGUCUGGGGUGGUCAGUGCGUUUUGGUAGAUAAUUUACAACAGAAAAUGGUUAGCCACAUAAGAUUUAUUAAAUAAAUACGUCAAGAUUUGUGUUUUAGGUAAUUUAUCUUGUUUUAUUUUAGAGACAUAAAAUUCAGCUUAAUCUCUUUGUCUAGAAUGGAGGUCUUGUUCAGAUCCUGA